AUGGAUCCACUGCCAACCGCCCACUUGAGUCCCCGGAAGAAGAGACCCAGGCAGACUGGGGCCUCCGUGACCUCCACUCCUCAUGACAUCAGAUUUCGAGAUCUGGUCCUCUUCAUUUUGGAGAAGAAAAUGGGUACCACCCGCAGAGCCUUCUUCAUGGAGCUGGCCCGCAGGAAGGGGUUCAGGGUUGAAAAUGAGCUCAGUGAUUCUGUCACCCACAUUGUAGCAGAGAACAAUUCCGGUUCCGAUGUCCUGGAGUGGCUUCAGGUACAGAACGUCAAAGCCAGCUCGAAGCUGGAGCUGCUGGACAUCUCCUGGCUGAUAGAGUGCAUGGGGGCAGGGAGACCAGUGGAGACAACAGGGAAACACCAGCUUGUUGUGAGAAGAGACAGCCCAGACCACUCCAACUCAGACCCUCAGAGGAUCCCACCACCUGCUGUGCAAACAAUCUCUCAGUAUGCAUGUCAGAGAAGAACAACUUUAAACAAUUGCAAUAGAGUAUUCACGGAUGCUUUUGACGUCUUAGCUGAAAAUUAUGAGCUUAGAGAAAAUGAAGGCUGUUCUGUGGUAUUUAUGAGAGCCGCGUCUGUACUGAAAUCUCUGCCAUUCACCAUCAGCAGCAUGAAGGACCUAGAGGGAAUUCCCUGCCUGGAGGGCAAGGCGAAGAGCAUCAUCGAGGAAAUCAUUGAAGAUGGAGAAAGUUCUGAAGUUAAAGCUGUCUUAAAUGAUGAACGCUAUAAAUCCUUCAAACUCUUCACUUCUGUUUUUGGAGUGGGAUUGAAGACAUCUGAGAAAUGGUUCAGAAUGGGUUUCAGAACUCUGAGCAAAAUAAGAUCUGACAAAAGCCUGAAAUUGACACACAUGCAGAAAGCAGGAUUCCUCUAUUAUGAAGACCUCGUCAGCUGUGUGACCAGGGCAGAAGCAGAGGCAGUCAGUGUGCUGGUUAAGGAGGCCGUCUGGGCAUUUCUUCCGGAUGCCUUCGUCACCAUGACAGGAGGGUUCCGGAGGGGUAAGAAUAUUGGGCACGAUGUAGAUUUUUUAAUUACCAGCGCAGAAGCAACAGAGGAAGAAGAACAACAACUGUUGCAUAAAGUGACAAACUUUUGGGAAAAGAAGGGAUUACUUUUAUACUGUGACCUUGUGGAGUCGACAUUUGAAAAGCUCAAGACACCUAGCAGGAAGGUGGAUGCUCUAGAUCAUUUUCAAAAGUGCUUUCUGAUUCUAAAAUUGCACCAUCAGAGAGUGGACAGCGACAAGGCCWGCCAGCAGGGAGGGAAGAACUGGAAGGCCAUCCGUGUGGACUUGGUCAUGUGCCCCUAUGAGCGCCGUGCCUUCGCCCUGCUGGGAUGGACCGGCUCCCGGUUUGAGAGAGACCUCCGUCGCUAUGCCACACACGAGCGGAAGAUGAUCCUGGAUAACCAUGCUUUGUAUGACAAAACCAAGAGGAUAUUUCUCAAAGCAGAAAGUGAAGAAGAAAUUUUUGCACAUCUGGGAUUGGAUUACAUUGAACCAUGGGAAAGAAAUGCCUAGGAAAAAGUUAUCAACAUUUUGUUCCGGUUCUUUUCAGGUUAAAUAAAUUAUGCUUCAUAUUUGCAAAGGAUUCCUUAAGAAAGUUUGGAAUUCUUUAGGACUUACUGAAAUACAGAUAGCUACUAGAAAUAAGCUGCUUUGAGACAUGAUAAGGAAGCGUGUGGUAAUGGGUGUUAACAGACCUUUUGUGCAACCACGGCUUAGAAUUCACAAUGCAUUUUUCUAAAGAAAUGGGGUUGUCACUGUGACCCACCAAGGAAUCGUUCAAAACUCACUUUGCCCUCAGCAUAGCUGUAACACUGGUUAUCUUCAAUAAAAAUAGGAGGAAA